CGUCACAGGGGGCGGAGUCAGGACGUUCAAAACACAGCUUGCCCUCAAUCCUCCCUGAUUUUUUGCUUCCUGCCUCUUUUUUUGCGCUUAUUUUCGCCCCUGCCCCAGUUAUUUGAACUACUUCGCGCUUUAUCGCCUUUUGUUUUAUUUGCUCUUUUUGUAUAAUGCGGCUGCUUUUCGUAUAUUCGCCCCAAAACUCGCUUUUCUUCCCCUCGGGAUUGUCUUCUCCAACAGCAUCCUACUGUUGUUUGCGUGUUUGUUGAUUUCGGUGAUUAUGGACUAAGUGAAAAACCGUAUAAAUGCACCUGCCGUCGAAGGAAUAUCCUUCGUUUGAAAUCAAAGAGUUGUGUGUGCCCUGGGUGCAGCCUGGCCUGUGCUGUAGAGGCGAUGAAGAACCCAGGAGCAGUGGAGGGCCGCAGGUUGGUCGGCCUGCUGGAGGCCGCGCUGGUCAGAGAGGCUCGCCUCUGGAAGGCACCUGUCUUCAAAAAUGGACGCAUCCAGGGCGCUGACAUCUCUUCAUCCCAACACCAAGAAAUCAUCCUUUGGCUUGGAGAGAUGAACAGGCUGUUCCAUUUCUGUCCAGAGACCUUUGCACUGGGAGUCUGUGUCCUCAACCGCCUGCUGUCCACCGUCAAGGCCCAACCAAAAUACCUGAAAUGCAUUGCUUUUACCUCCCUGGUCCUGGCGGCCAAAAUCAACGAAGAAGAUGAGGUAAUCGGUUCUGUUCAAGACCUGGUUGUGCAGAGCGGAUGCAACUUUUCAACAGCGGAGAUUCUUCGCAUGGAGAGGAUCAUUCUAGACAAGCUGCACUGGGACUUGUACACCGCAACGGCAGUCGACUUCAUUCACAUAUUCCACGCCCUGCUCGUCUCCGGCCACCCUCACCUCAUUCCGUCCAUCGGGCUCGGCUCCGGCGUCGGCUGGGACGCGGCAACAGACCCCGGCGUGCUUCCAUCCGAGCCGGGGCGUCAGAAGAGGCCCGCGGGCCUCCAGGCGGCGUUGUGGACCAGGCAGGUGCAGCACUGUAUGGCCUGCCACCAGCUUUGGCAGUUCAAGGGCUCCACGUUGGCCUUGGCCAUCAUCACUUUGGAGCUGGAGGCGCUCACGCCGGACUGGUUCUCCGUCUUUACCGAUCUGCUGAAGAAAGCUCAGGUCGACAGUGCCGAGUUCAUCCACUGCAAAGAGCUGGUGGACGAGUACCUACGCAGCCUGGAGUUCUCCCUGCCGGCCAACGCCGUCUACAUCUUCGACAGCGCCCAGAUCCAGGAGCAGGAGCGGGCCUGGAGCCCCACGCAGCGCCACAGGCGGGCCAGGGGGGGGCACGGAGGCAGAGAGCAAGGGGACAUUGACGAGUAUUGCGACGGUUUUAGGUGUUUGUACAACGAAGAGAUGACUCCGGCGCUGCAGGGAGACGACUCUAAGGGUUUGUUUGAUUCCCAGAAGAAAAACGUCUCGCCCUGCCCACCACUGCACCCUGCUGUCAACUAGUUCACUGACACCGUCCGCCUCUUUAGAAGUGCGCAGUCCUCCCAUUUCACUAGAGAAUGUUAUGAAGGCCAAUAUACUGGAAUUCGGCAGAUUUUAGGGCCUUAAUUGUAAGUUUCAGAGGGCUCUGAAGUAGCUGACCUCAAUCUAAAUGUUACUCACCUGCUAUAACGUUUAGGAAUUUAUUUAAAAAAGAAUAUUAGUUCAUUCCGUGCACUUCCACACUGAAAUGUGAAUCUAUAGGUGUGUAUGGAUCACCAUCACUUGUUUCUGUUUCGACAGCUGGGCAGUUGAGGAGAAAUGUGGGGAAUCAAUGAGUCUGACCGAAUGUUUCUCUUUGGCGGUACAUUUAAGUUCUCUACUUAUUGUUUUUAUUAAUGCAAUAUUUUAUUUUAUUAACCAACCUGUCCUUUAAUCCACAAAUGGUUUUGUUUAACAGGAUGAAGGUUAAGUUAGGCAGUUGCGUGUGUUUUUAUAAGAGUGGUUGGGUUUUUUUUUUUUUUUUUUUUUUUAUGUUUGAGAGUUGAUCCUGAUUUAGUUUGACGUGAGGUAUCUUGGUGUUCAGGUUCCCCUCAGAGCCACAUAGCACUUUGAGAUAAAGCUUUUUUUAUGCAAAUAAUUAUAUUUUUUCACAACCUUUUUUAUUAUUAUUUUUAAUCUCUUUCUUGUACUAAUUUUUGUGCCGUUUUUAUUUAGCAGUUAUUUACAAAAGCUACAUUUUACACAAAAAAAAGCUUUAAUUUUUUGACUAAAUGCUGCAGAUGUUUUUAUUUCCUUACUGCUUCAGUCUGUAUUUUGGUUUAUGCAAUUAUUGUUACAUAUCAGUAGAAACAGGAGUAACUUUGGGAGAUCACUUCAACACAAAAGCAGAAAGACAAAAUAAGUUGUUUUGACAUCAUGAGAUUACCUGAUGAAUGACCAAGCAUUUAUGUUCUUAUUUAUAUUUUCAAAACAUAUAUUAAAUACUGUACGAGAGCACCAAUAAUCAUACCUAAAAUUCUGUCACAUCAUUGAAGUGUUGGGAUAAAAGUAUCCUGUUUUAUUUUGUAAAUAACACCUAGUUCUGUUGCAUCCCGAUGCUGCCAUUUAAACUGAAACGGUGACAGAAUAUUGUUCUCAAUUUAAACUAUAUAAUGUGGCUGAUACACACAAUGUGUCACUUUACCUCCAAUGCCAGACAUCCGACGCCUAAAGACUCUGAAAUGACUUGAGGCUGCUGAAAUACUGUGUUCAGAGAGAAGCCAGCAAUGAGAUCUUUAAUGUGAACUGGUUACUGACUGUUCUCCACUGUAAGGUCUGCUUUUGAAUCAUUCAGUCAAUCUGGAUGCCACACCAGUGACCAAUGUAAAGGUUUGUUUUUUUCAUAUUCCUUCAUUUACUGAGGCAGCUAUAUCUUAUUCUGGUCCACCACAGAAAUAAAGCUAUGACUUAACGUCUAAAGUGGAA